AUGGAUCAACUCGCCAAAUAUCUGAACAAUACUGUGGCUGUAGUCACUGUUGAUGGACGAUAUAUUAUGGGAGUUCUUGAAGGCAGUGACCAACACACAAAUCUCAUCAUUAGAGAUUGUACUGAGAAUAAAUAUGAUCCCGAGCAGGGAGUUGUUCAAGAGAGGCUAGGAUUGCAAAUACUCAGAGGAAAUAAUGUAGUAUUCAUAGGUGAAAUUGACGAGGAGUCUUUUGUCAACAUGAAAAUCAAUAGAAAGCUAGCAAUACCUCUCAAGAAAUGUUCCAAGUAG